AUGGCUUUCGACGAUAUGGACUCGACACUGAACGUUCAACAAUACAUUCAGCAAACGAUACAGCAAAAUCCUGCUGAUAUAGAUGUUAUCCUCACUCCACCUCCUGAUCUGGAUGACGGUGUCUGGAAGUAUGAACAUCUGCGUCAGUUCUGUCUACAACUCAAUGGCUUGGCCUUUAUGUUACAGGUAAUGAUCUCUGAUUGGUUUCGAUCCCUUGCUCUGCUUACUUUUCUUUAAAA